UUCCAGAUUCAUUUCACUGUUUGUAUCUCUACUGGGCUUGUGUUCUUGUACCCCAAUUAGCUGAUUUUGAAGUGUUUUAGUAACUUAGAUCUUACUGCUACACACAUCAAGAAUCUCUACUUUUUGAUAAUUCGAAAAGGCAUAGAAGAUGGCCAGUGUGUCGUGGCAGGCCAUGGCUGUGGCAAUAGUGCUGUUGCUGCUGUCAGUGCAAGGGUACCCGGAAGAAGAUUUGGUGGUGAGGCUACCAGGUCAACCAACAGUUGGGUUCAAACAAUACGCAGGUUAUGUCGAUGUCGACGUGAAAGCUGGUCGGAGUCUCUUCUAUUACUACGUGGAGGCUGUCAAACAACCAGAUACAAAACCAUUAACCCUUUGGCUCAAUGGAGGUCCAGGUUGUUCUUCGAUUGGUGGAGGAGCUUUCACUGAGUUAGGUCCAUUUUACCCCACAGGCGAUGGCCGUGGCCUCCGUGUUAACUCCAUGUCUUGGAACAAAGCCUCGAACUUGCUAUUUGUGGAGUCACCGGCUGGAGUAGGAUGGUCUUACUCCAACCGAACCUCUGAUUACAACGCUGGAGACAGAUCUACUGCUAGCGAUAUGCUCGUCUUCUUGUUGAGAUGGUUGGACAAGUUCCCAAAUUUGAAGUCUCGCGACCUCUUUCUCACUGGCGAAAGCUAUGCAGGACAUUACAUACCUCAACUGGCUGAUGCGAUUCUCAGCUACAAUUCACGGUCAAGUGGUUUCAAGUUCAACAUCAAAGGCAUUGCAAUUGGCAAUCCACUUCUGAAGCUUGAGAGGGACAGUCCAGCUAUGUACGAGUUCUUCUGGUCUCAUGGGAUGAUCUCUGAUGAACUCAAACUCACAAUCACGAGCCAAUGUGACUUUGAAGAUUACACAUUUGCCAGCCCCCAUAACGUAAGCACGGCCUGCAAUGAGGCUAUCGGUGAAACCGAAAGCAUCAUCACUGAGUACGUCAACAACUAUGAUGUUCUCCUUGACGUAUGCUAUCCAUCUAUCGUUCAGCAAGAGCUGAGGCUCAAGAAAAUUGCAACUAAGAUGAGCUUGGGAGUGGAUGUUUGUAUGACAUACGAAAGACGCUUCUAUUUUAACCUUCCAGAGGUACAGAUAGCGCUUCAUGCGAACCGCACUCACCUGCCUUAUGAAUGGUCAAUGUGCAGCAGCGUGUUAAACUACUCUGGCAUAGAUGGGAACAUUGACAUGCUUCCGGUUCUGAAGAGAAUUCUACAGAACAAAAUUCCUGUUUGGAUCUUUAGUGGAGAUCAAGAUUCCGUAGUUCCAUUCCUGGGUUCUAGAACUCUCGUAAGAGAACUUGCUCAAGAUCUCAACUUCGAGACCACAGUUCCAUAUGGAGCCUGGUUUCACAAAAGACAAGUUGGAGGCUGGGCCAUCGAGUAUGGAAAGCUACUGACUUUUGCAACAGUGAGAGGAGCGGCUCAUAUGGUGCCUUAUGCGCAGCCCUCUCGAGCUCUGCAUUUGUUCAGUAGCUUUGCCCAACCAAACACAUUCUUCUACAGAUGAAUGAAAGACCAGAGAUAUCUUUUGUAAGACACUCUAGUUUGUAUUUAAUUCAUCUUUCUCAGGCCUUAGAUUGAGUAGAGAUAUAGAAAACACCCAAGGGCUUCUGUUGUGGUUUGGUUAGAUCUUCAAGUGCAUUUGUUUUAGUUAUCUUAAUUUUCAUUUGAUUAUUAGGAACAUAACUUAGUCUCUUGAUAAUGAUAAAUUAUAUGUGAUGUAUGAUGACAUUUCAUAAUGUAUUACCCAAACGAAGAGUAGUAAUAUCAAUAAUUUUAUCACCA